AUGGCAUGUGGGGAAGUUUUAGUUAUUGUACUUAUUUUCUUUCUUCAAUCCCUUCCUCUACUUGUUUCAGUUGAAGCAAUUAGCACUGCUUCUCUAACUCUCACAAACACUACUGAAGCCAAAGUAAGAUGUAUUGAGAGUGAGAGGAAUGGCCUAUUAAGAGUCAAGCAAAGUCUCACGGAUCCCUCUGACCGAUUGGCUUCUUGGAUUGGCAAAGAAUGCUGCAUCUGGAGAAGUGUUUCUUGUGACGUACAAACUUGUAAUGUCAUCAGGCUUGAUCUCAAAGAUACAUCAGGCAAUUGCUAUCAGAAGAAAAUGGGAUAUCUGAUUUCUGGCAUUUCGACGUGCUUGGGUGGCAAGAUAAGUCCUGCUUUACUUGACUUGAUACAUUUAGAGUAUUUAGACCUUGGUGAAAAUGACUUCCAAGGACUUUCCACUCCCACUUUCUUGGGUUCUCUUGAAAAAUUACAAUAUCUUAACCUCACCCAUUCAUCUCUCAUUGAUUUGAAUUGGGUUUCUGGUUUGUCCUCUUUGAAGUAUCUUGAUCUUUCUUAUGUGAACCUUUCUUCGGCAACACAUUGGCUUCAGUUUUUUAAUAAGCUGCCAUCUUUAGUGACUCUCAGUUUGCAAAACUGUGAUCUUCGCUAUCUCCCUUACUCCUUUCCCAACUGGAAUAUGACAUCCCUUUCUUAUCUCUACAUUUCACGCAAUAACUUUGUUAACUCUGUGUUGCCUAAAUGGUUGUCUAAUGCCACCACCCUUGAGACACUUGAUAUAGCAAUCAACAACAUAGAAGGCCCAAUAUCAAAUGUUGAGUGGGGUAAACUCUGUGAUCUGCAGGAUUCGUAUCUAACACAGAAUAAACUUAACGGAGACACAAGCAGAUUAGUGGAAGGGUUGUCUAGCUGCAGCAACACGACCCUAGAGUUGUUAGGCCUUUGCUGGAAACCGGUUGACAGGGCAGUUUCCAAAUUCAUUAGGACAUUUGAAGAACUUAAGGAUGAUUACCUCACAUAUAUCGAGAUAAGGAAAUGUGCUUUGGGCUCCAAGUUGCCGACAUGGCUGAAAACUCAAAAGCAGCUUCGUACUAUUAUUCUCUCCAACGGCUCCAUUUCAGAUCCUACACCUUGGCUUUGGACAAUGUGCUCACAGUUGCAGUUUCUAGAUCUAUCAGAUAGCGUGAUCGGUGGAAAUCUUCCAAGGAUCUAUACCAUUUUCAAUAACAAGAGUGAAGCAGCUAAUGAGAUUGGACCUCUCAAACAUCAUUUGUCUGGAAAAAUACCUAACUGGUGGGCUGAUUUGCGACAACUUCAUGUCAUAGAUUUGUCCGGGAAUAAUUUUUCAGGUGGUAUUCCUCCAUUAUGUUCACCACCUUCACUUUUUUGGUUGAGAUUGAGUCGUAAUAACCUCUUUGGAGAACUUCCAAAAUCAUUAAGCAACUGCAAAAGCUUGCUUACACUAGAUAUUGGAGAGAACAAAAUCAGUGGCAUCAUACCCAAGUGGUUCGGAGAAAGUAUAUUAUCUUUGCAAAAGCUUAGCAUGACAGACAACAUGAUUGGUGGACACAUUCCACCACAACUUAACCAACUUUUUGGCCUUCAAAUUCUUGAUCUUUCCCAUAAUUAUUUGACAGGAAGAAUUCCAGAAGACAUAGGGAGCAUGAAGCAACUGGAGACACUAGACCUUUCAUCUAACCAUCUCUUUGGUAAUCCAGAACUCUGUGGGAAACCAUUGAUUACAGAUUGCUCUCCACCAAGAAAAGAGAUCUCAAGAAAUUUGAAGAAGAAGAAGAAGAUGAAAGUUACUUCCAUUUCUCAGAGGAAUUUGGAGAAAGAAUUAUCAGGUGCUGUAUUGUUUUCAAGGCUUGCUUGUUUAGGAUUUUCAGAGUCACAAGGAAAAAACUAUAGCUUAGAUCAUGCACUAUGGACGUCAACGCGCUCUUCAGCUGUCUUGCGGAUAGACCUUCUCUGGACAACCUAA